CUCGCUCGCCGCCUGAAUCCUCGGGAUCCCAGCGCGGCCGGGCCGAGGAGCUGGCAUGGCCUGAAUGCCCGCGGCGACGGCGGCGGCGGCGGCAGCAGCAUGGGGAACCAGGACGCGAAGCCGAAGAGGAGUGCGGGCGAUGCCCCGCACGGAGGCGGCGGCGGCGGCGGCAGCGAGGACGCCGCCGGGCUCCGCGAGGCCGAGGGCACAAAGAAGGCGGGCGGGGGCAAGAAGGCGCCGGGCCGGCACGGCAAGGGGGGCGGCGGUGGGGAGCCGGGCAGGAAGAAGAGCCGGUCGGACCCCAGGGCCUCGGUCUUUUCCAACCUGCGCAUUCGGAAGACCCUGUCCAAGGGCAGAGGUGCUGGCGGCUCCCGUGAGGAUGUGCUGGACUCCCAGGCCCUGCAGGCCGGCGAGCUGGACAGCGCCCACUCCCUGGUCACCAAAAUCCCGGACCUCAGCCUCUCGGCCGACGAGACAGGCCUGUCCGAUACGGAGUGUGCCGACCCUUCCGAGGUGACGCGGCCCCGGGGCCCUGGCUCCGCCGGGGUCGGGAGCCCGGCGGUGGCCGAGGAUUCGGAGACUGCGGCGGGGGUGCAGGAUGGACAAAGGACUAGCUCGGGCUCAGACACAGACCUCUACAGCUUUCACUCGGCCGCGGAGCAGGAGGACUUGCUCUCGGACAUCCAGCAGGCGAUCCGUCUCCAGCAGAUGCAGCAGCAGCAGCAGUCCCUGAGCCCCGAGUCGCCCCCGGCGUCGCCCCCCUCCGCUGCCCCGCCGCCCGGGGCCCUGCCGGGCCUGGACCGACCCCCGCCGGGCCCAGGCGCCCAGGCGGCGCCGUCCGCACGCCCCGACCGGCCCCCGGCUGCAGAACAGCCCGCGGCCGCCGCCUUGCCGUCUCCCGGGUCGGCUCCCGGGGAGCGAGGGGCCGCGGACACGGACGAGGAAGGCGAGGAGGACGCUUUCGAGGACGCGCCUAGAGGCUCUCCGGGGGCGGAGUGGGGCCCGGCAGGGGCGGGAGAGGCCCCGCGCAGGCCGGGGGCGACGCGCGAGGAGGGCGCGCCGAGGCCCAGCGUCUCCGCGGCCGCCUCCCCGCCCUGCAGCCCGGCGCGCAGCCCGCGCUGCUCCCGGGCCCGCCCGCUCCUGGCGCCCUGCUACGUCAGGACCACCACCCGGCAGCUCAGCUCUCCCGGGCCCUCCCCGGCCCCGUCCCCCAGCCAGAGCCCCCGGGUCCAGAGACGGCCGGAGUCCUCCCUGGACCGGGGGUCCGGAGCCGUCGCGGCCCCCGCCGCCGCUGCCGCCGCCCCGGCCAGGAAACCCCGCGCGGGCCGCAGCCGCUCGGCCGAUUGGACCGCGGAGCUGGGCCGAGCGCCCGGGGCGGGGGUCUCGGCGCACCUGGCGCAGCGCGGGGCGGGCGGUCUUCAGGACGUGUUCGCAGGGCGGACUCUGCUGGAGAAGCUGUUCAACCAGCAGGAGAACGGGCCUCCAGAAGAAGCAGAGAAGUUCUGCUCGCGGAUCAUAGCCAUGGGUCUCCUUCUUCCUUUCGGUGACUGCUUCAGGGAGCCGUGUGGUCAGGAUGCCCAGUCCAGCUCAGCUCCGUUUGAUCAAGAUCAACUUUACACCUGGGCUGCAGUUAGUCAACCUACACACUCACUGGAUUAUAUAGAAGGGCAGUUUCCCAGGAGAGUCCCAGCUGCUUGGCCACCGUCUAAACCUCCUGAUGAAGAACACAGGCCCAAGGAUGCUGACACAGAGUCUCAAUCUGCUGUUUUAGAAACUCCGAAAAAAUAUUCAGAUGCUGCUCAGCAGGAAGUUUGUGACAUGAAAUCUGAGGGUCAGGCCACUGUGAUUCAGCAGCUGGAGCAGACCAUUGAGGAUCUGAGGACCAAAAUAGCUGAGCUAGAGAAGCAGUACCCGGCUGCAGACCUGGAGGCGGCCACCUCUGGAGACACGUGUCUGCGAGCUCUCAGUUUGGGAGAAAAGGAAGUAGGGCAUAAAAGGAUUUUACAGGCAAAGUCCAUCCAGACGUCCCCGACAGAGGAGGGUGGGACACUGAUACAUCCUCUCAUGGGUGCCCUGCCUGAGGCCAUGAGUGGAGACUCAGCCGGGCUGUCCUCACCUCCUGGACCUCAGAACAAGUUCUGCGCAGAGAUUUCUUUGGUUGUGUCUCCAAGGCGAAUAUCAGUUCAGCUCGAUGCACAUCCAUCCCUCCAGGCUCCACCACCCACGUCACCGCCCUGGUCUGACAGUCAAGGACAGGCGAGCUCACAGCCUUCCCAUCCUUAUUUUCACACGGAGUUUGAAACCAGCCACGAGCACUCUGCUUUCCCCUCCUCUGAAAACAGCCAUGACAUCCCUACUGCACUGCCUCUGUCUCCCAAGUUCUCCCACCAGAUGCCUGGUCUGGGCACCGUGGCUCCUCCACGGACCCCACCCCAUGUCGUGCCUGAGCCUGCACUUCCCAGCCCACCGUGCCCCUCACCUCCUCCUCCGCCUGGUCCAGAGAUGCUGCCACCCCCUCCCCUACCUUUGCCUGGUGAGGGAAUUCCUUCCGUCCCCCCUCUUCCCACAGUAGGAAUUCCGCCCGCCCCCCCUCUUCCCAGUGUGGGAAUUCCUCCCGCCCCCCCUCUUCCCGGUGUGGGAAUUCCUCCCGCCCCCCCUCUUCCCGGUGAGGGAAUUCCUCCCGCCCCCCCUCUUCCCGGUGUGGGAAUUCCUCCCGCCCCCCCUCUUUCCGGUGUGGGAAUUCCUCCCGCCCCCCCUCUUCCCGGUGUGGGAAUUCCUCCCGCCCCCCCUCUUCCCGGUGUGGGAAUUCCUCCCGCCCCCCCUCUUCCCGGUGUGGGAAUUCCUCCCGCCCCCCCUCUUCCCGGUGUGGGAAUUCCUCCCGCCCCCCCUCUUCCCGGUGUGGGAAUUCCUCCCGCCCCCCCUCUUCCCGGUGUGGGAAUUCCUCCCGCCCCCCCUCUUCCCGGUGUGGGAAUUCCUCCCGCCCCCCCUCUUCCCGGUGUGGGAAUUCCUCCCGCCCCCCCUCUUCCCGGUGUGGGAAUUCCUCCCGCCCCCCCUCUUCCCGGUGUGGGAAUUCCUCCCGCCCCCCCUCUUCCCGGCGAGGGAAUUCCUCCCGCCCCCCCUCUUCCCAGCAUGGGAAUUCCUCCCGUGCCCCCUCUUCCUAGUGAAGGAAUUCCUCCUGCCCCCCCUCCUCCUUUGCCAGGUGUGAGGGUUCCACCUCCUCUAGCCCCACCCCCUCCUCUCCCUCCUGGAACAGGUGUCCCCCCACCCCCCCCACCCCCUCUGCUUCCUGGAUCCGGCCUUGCUCUCCCACCACAAGCUGGGAGUAGCACUACACCAACACUGCAGGCGUGUGGAUUUCUUCCUCCACCGUUGCCAGCUGGCUUGUUUGGGUUCGGGUUGAACCAGGACAAAGGCAGCAGGAAGCAGCCAAUAGAACCUUGUCGGCCGAUGAAGCCUCUGUAUUGGACGAGAAUUCAACUGCACAGUAAAAGAGACUCCAGUGCUUCACUUAUUUGGGAAAAAAUUGAAGAGCCAUCCAUAGAUUGUCAUGAAUUUGAGGAAUUAUUUUCUAAAACUACUGUAAAGGAAAGGAAGAAACCGAUUUCUGACACCAUCACAAAGACCAAGGCUAAACAAGUUGUCAAGUUACUAAGCAACAAAAGGUCACAAGCAGUUGGAAUAUUGAUGUCUAGCCUUCACUUAGAUAUGAAAGAUAUACAACAUGCUGUGGUGAACUUGGACAAUUCCGUGGUUGACCUGGAGACCCUUCAAGCUCUCUAUGAGAAUAGAGCACAGUCAGAUGAACUGGAAAAAAUUGAAAAACACGGCCGGUCCUCCAAAGACAAGGAAAACACCAAGUCUCUGGACAAACCUGAGCAGUUCCUUUACGAACUGUCACUAAUCCCCAACUUUUCAGAGCGAGUCUUUUGCAUCCUGUUUCAGUCCACAUUUUCAGAAAGCAUUUGCUCAAUUCGGCGCAAACUGGAGCUGCUACAGAAGUUGUGUGAGACAUUAAAAAAUGGCUCAGGGGUCAUGCAAGUUUUGGGUUUGGUUCUUGCCUUUGGCAACUACAUGAAUGGUGGAAAUAAGACUCGGGGACAGGCAGAUGGUUUCGGGUUAGACAUCCUCCCAAAGCUGAAAGACGUCAAAAGCAGUGACAAUAGCAGAAGCCUUUUGUCAUAUAUCGUUUCCUACUAUCUUCGCAAUUUUGAUGAGGAUGCUGGGAAGGAACAGUGUGUGUUUCCACUGCCCGAACCCCAGGACCUCUUUCAGGCCUCGCAGAUGAAGUUUGAAGACUUUCAAAAAGACCUCAGAAAACUCAAGAAAGACCUGAGAGCCUGUGAGGUUGAAGCGGGGAAAGUGUACCAGGUGUCCUCAAAAGAGCACAUCCAGCCAUUCAAAGAAAACAUGGAACAAUUUAUUUUUCAAGCUAAAAUUGACCAAGAAGCGGAAGAGAACUCACUGACAGAGACUCAUAAAUGCUUUUUGGAGACUACAGCCUAUUUCUUCAUGAGACCAAAAAUUGGAGAGAAGGAAGUGUCCCCAAAUGUUUUCUUCAGUAUCUGGCAUGAAUUCAGCUCCGACUUUAAAGACUUUUGGAAGAAAGAAAACAAACUUAUUCUACAAGAGAGAGUAAAAGAAGCUGAAGAGGUAUGUAGGCAGAAAAAGGGAAAAUCACUUUAUAAAAUAAAACCAAGACAUGACUCUGGAAUUAAAGCGAAAAUAAGCAUGAAAACCUGAACAAAGAAAAGCAGAAAGAAAAUGAGUCCCUGCAGCCACUUCCACAGAAUUCAGCCGACCAAGGGCAGGAAGGAAACUCAUCAUUUUGAUCACUUUUCUUCUUGGCCUCUUGCAUAAUCUUUGUGUUUUCCAGACAGUUCACUGAUUGUUGAAUUCUACUGUAUAUUAAAAAAAAAAAGAAAGGAAAAAAAGCAAAAGCAGUAGGCCAGUGGAGAAUGUGACACCUUUUCUUUUUGUAAAAGUUUAUGGUAUUUUACCGAUAGACCAAAACAGCAUGUGUAAGAGGCAGUAUCUGCAUUAAUUCUGAACAUGCUAAACAGUAACCUUCAAUAUAAUGAUGUGCAAAUAGCCCUGUCACAGUGAAACACGUUCCGUUCUACUGACGACCAGUACUCCACAUCACUGCAUUUACAGUUAUGGUUAAAAUGUUAUUUCUAGUGAAUUGUUUGUAUCAGUUUCACGUCUACAUAUAAAUUUUCUAUUUUGAAAUUGAAGUACCAUUUAUAUAUGUCAUAGUCAAGGCUUUCCCAGCUCUUGGGUUGGUCUCUGUAACUAUAUAUUUGUGAAAGAAGAUUUUCAUUUUUUUUUACUCAUCAGAUAAUGAAUAGAAAAGAAUAUAGCAAAAGGAAAACCAUUCCUAUAAAUCAUUUAAAAUAGGCAGGAAUCAGAAAUGAGGGUGUUUAUCAACUAUGUCCUUUGGGACCUUACACAAAGCCAAUCUGCAGCAAAGGUCAAUUAAACCAAAGCUGUGCCUCUCUGUACUUUUACCAUUGCCCUUCACAAAGAAAAUGACACAAUUUUAAGGAAUUUAAAUAAAUGAUGCUCAUAAAAUUGCCAAACGUGACUAACUGGUGGCAAAAAAAGAGUAACUUUUAGAUGGAUUGGCAUCUACCUAGAACUUGUUACUUAAACCCAGCUGCCUGAGUAUUGUGACCUGAUUGGGGUUGUCUUUAUGUGUUAUGGCAGUUGAUUAAAAACUAUGAAAUGAGCAUGCAAGGAUUUAUGAUCUAAAGGCACCUAGGAAAAGAUUUUAUUUUAGAUUGAGAGGAAAAAAGUAAAUCUUCCACUCUCUAUGAAAGUAUUUUAAAAUCAGCUCCUGAUGCGUUGUGAUGGUUUUGUCUAACAUUAAUAGAUAUUUUUAAAAAUUCUUUUAAUGAUAUGUUUUGGGGUACAGCUGUGAAUAAAGGGGAGAAUGUGUUGCUAAUGUAAACCAAUCAUGGAAUCAACUUAAAAAGAAACUCUGAAUCAUAACUAUGUUUGUAUUUAUGUAGAGUACGGUCCUUAGCUUUCAGUCUGUAGUCGACAUGCACAGACACAGUAGUGGCUAUCGGGUUGCUGUUCUGCUGUUCUCCUAUCUCCUUCGGCCCCUCCAUGUGUACAUGACUUUCUUCAAUGAUAUAAUAGGGCAUUUAACAGAGAUCGCUAUGUGCAAUACUGUAUUUAGUGUUUCUAUUUUAAUUUUUCUAGGAUGUUAAUUUAUAUGAAAAUAAAAUGAAUAAUAAAA